CUUUCCACUAUUUUGUUUAUUGUAAAUGGUAAACAGACAUGUCUUGCACCCAAAGAGAAAACUAUUAUUAAAACCAUAAGAAACAGUAUGCAACAACUAAAUUAUCAGAUCACUGGAUUGGAAGACAGCCUAAAACUCAGUCCAGUCAUAGAAACAAGUGGUUGUCAGAACGGAUGGACUAGAUAUAGAAACCACUGCUACUUCUUCGGCUUAAAUAAACUUGACUGGUUUGCGGCACAGAGACAUUGUCAUAAACACGGAAGUACACUGGCGAAAAUUGACGACGCAAAUGAAAAUGCAUGGAUAUCUUUGAAAACAAAAGAACUGCAACUUAAUGAAAAAUUUCUAUUAUGGCUUGGUGGCAGUGAUCUGAAAGAAGGACAUUGGAUAUGGAUGGCUGAUUAUUCUCCCUUUAGUUAUGUUAACUGGCGUAAAGGAAAUGGAGAAAGAGAACCAAAUGGCGGGACAAGGGAAAAUUGUCUCAAUAUGUUAAAGUACCAAACCUACAGGGGAACCUGGAAUGAUUAUCCAUGCGACUAUAAAAUGAGAUACCUUUGCAAGAAGAAUUUGAAAUGCGACUGUGAAGGAAAAGGGAAACCAAAGUAA